AUGGGGGUUUGGGAUACGCUUCUCCCCUCCCUUAGUCCUUCAUCCCUGUUGGGGGCCGGGGUGCUCCUACUUUUAGUAUUUCUUUUUUGUCCCCACAGGACCAGUUCCCAAAAACACAGAAAGGAACCACCAGGACCAACACCAAUUCCCAUUCUUGGCAACCUGCAUCAGCUGGACCUGAAAAGACCUGAUCAAACAUUCAUGAAGUUUGCCAAGAAAUAUGGGUCUGUGUUCACGGUUUACAUGGGCCCCAAAAAAACGGUGGUCCUAACGGGCUACAAGACGAUGAAGGAGGCCCUGGUUAACUACGCCGAAGAGUUUGGGGAACGGGAAGCACCAACGGUGGCGAAGGAAGCGCAUUUAGAUUGUGGUGUUGUUUGGGCAAACGGAGCCUCCUGGAGAGAAAUGAGACGCUUUGCUUUGUCAACUCUCCGGGAUUUCGGAAUGGGCAAAAGAGCAUGUGAGGACAAGAUCAUCCCGGAAUGUCAUUCUCUUUUGAAGGAAAUCAGAAAGUUCCAAGGUGAAGCUUUUGAUCCAACCUUGAUCAUAAACUCCGCUGUCUGUAACGUGAUCUGCUCCAUGGUCUACGGCACCAGGUUUGAAUAUGAUGACCCAGAUUUUAGAACCAUUUUGAGCCGAACAAUGAAAGGAAUCCAACUUCUUGGCUCUCCGGGUGUCCAGUUGCACAACCUGUUUCCAAGGAUUGGCAGACUGUUCCUGUCUGCAAGUAAACAAAUUAACCAAAUAUUCACCGCCAAUAAAAAUUAUCACUUGAAGCUGCUCAAGGAGACCUUCACUCCGCACACAUGCAAGUCUAUUGCAGAUGCCUUUCAGCUGCGCCAGCAAGAGGAAGAUGGUUUUCCGAACAGCCACUUUCAUGAUGCAAACAUUUUGGUAACUAUUAUGAACCUGUUUACUGCCGGUACUGAAACAACAGCAGCCACACUGAGAUGGGCUCUUCUCUUUAUGGCGAAGUAUCCAAAAAUACAAGACCAGGUUCAGGAGGAGCUGAGCAGAGUGAUGGAAGGCCGUCAGGUGACGGUCGAGGACAGACAGAGGCUGCCGUUCACAGAUGCCGUCAUCCACGAAACGCAGAGAAAGGCCAACAUCAUCCCAUUGUCCCUUUUACACAGAACCAGCCAAGACGUCACCUUCAAGGGGUUUUUCAUUGAGAAGGGCACAACAGUGAUUCCAGUCUUGACGUCUGUCCUUUAUGAUGAGAAUGAGUGGGAGAAGCCAAACAUCUUCUAUCCCGCCCACUUCCUUAGCAAAGAUGGAAAGUUCCUCAAGCGUGACGCCUUCAUGCCCUUUUCAGCAGGGCGGAGGCUGUGUCUUGGAGAGAGUCUGGCCAGGAUGGAGCUCUUUCUGUUCUUCUCCACCCUCCUCCAACACUUUCGUAUAGCUCCUCCUCUUGGAGUUUCAGAGGAAGAACUGGACCUGACUCCACGCCCGGGAGGCACUCUCAGUCCUCAACCACAUAAACUGUGUUUGGUUUCACUAAAGUGAUGCAGGUUGUUGACAUGAAACAAGUUUUAAACCUUGUUCAAGCUGAAAUCCACCUCAGAAGAAUAGAAAACGGCCCCAUGAUGCUACCAAAGGCUUUGGGACGUCUGCCGCCACACAUGAAACUCAACUGUUGAAUGAAGUUCAAUUCCAUAACUUCUGUUAAGAAACAGGUUUAAAAAUGAAAGUUGGUGGAACCAGACCAGCUUUUAAAAGUGGUUUCUUCAGGAACCAGUGGAAAUAGCUGUGAAUUAUUCUUCAGCAGCCAGCAAGCAAAGGAACUGAAAUUAUGAACGAUGUUAAGCUUUAGGGAAUAUUUGCCAAAGAAAAUCUCCACAAGAUUUUCUCCUAUAAAAUGUUUAUUAACUGAAGAUAUAUUUACAGAAGUAAAUCUGAUAUAGUUUGUAUGUAAACAAGCAAUGAGGACAAAAUUUAUUUACAUGUAUUAUAUAUACAUAAUACUUAGAAUGAAAACAUCAAAAGAGUAAAUUGCCAUCCAUUUAAAUCUGAUUUCUUUUUAAUUUAAAGUAGUAUUUGGCAUUUAAAUAACAUUUAAAAUAAGACACUAAAAUCAUGUUUUUACUUUGCAGACUGAUUUGUAUUUAUCAUUGUUUUUGUGUCUUUCAAACAACAUAUACCAUUAAUAAAUUUUAUAUAUACAUA